GGCUGGGAGAAGCCGCCGCCAGCCUGCAGAGUCCUCCGGCUCCCUCGCGGCUCUUCCUUCCAACCCCCCCGAGGCGGCUUUGGGGCUUCUUCCUCCUGCUUUUUGCCGCUGGAUGGCUUUGGGCAGGGCAGGGGACGCGGCGGGCAGAGGAGUGGCUGGUUUCCACCCGGCCCCGAUGACGGCUUUCUCGGCAAGGUCAUCCCGCCUUUUGCCCGGGCUGCAGCUGCCGGAGGUUGGUUGCAAGCAAGAGUUGGCCGCAGCUAUAGCUCUGUCUGUGUAAGCACUUUUCAACAAGACACUGGACUCGCACUAGUGAAGCCAUCUGUAGGCCGUAACUCGGCACACUUCCAUGGGGACUGUACCUGAUCCUCUGAGGUCUGCUAGGCUUUCGUUGGUUGCAGCUCCGGAAGAGAAAAAUGGUCUGAGAGAGCCGCAUUCUCCUAAACUCCUCUGCAAGCAAGCAAGCGUAGAGAGGAACGGUAAUGGCUUUCCUCUUCCUGCCAAGGCGCAGCCUGCUGGAGAUCAUUUGCUUGACAUGAGCUGUGCCACAGUGGAAGAUAAGCCAAGGGAUGAGAAGUGCUGUGGGUAUGAAACUAAUCGAGCAAGCAUGCUUUCUGCUGGGUCUUUAAGCCUCUCCAAAGAAGGUCAUCGGGCCAUGCCAGAGCCAGCAAGUAACUCUGAACAGGAAGGCAGCAAAGGUUCCAGAGACCUGGCUGUAACAGAGGGCCAUGCUCCAGGCCAGAUGGCAGUCAAGAAGCUUCCCGCUCAGGAGGCCAAUGAGGUUAUGCAGAGUGGCGACAGAGGGCAGUUCUGUAGGGCCACUGAUAAGGCAAAUUCCACCUCUGGAGUUGGCAUUAAGGGCAAUGAAGUGGGUGAUGGUCUUUCUCCAUGUCUUCAGUCCACUUCCCAGCAAGCUUCUUCAGCAGUGAAGGAAAACGUAGACGAGAAGAGUGGUCCUGAGAGAACUCACCUUCCAGUGAAGGAGUCCAGAGCUGUCUCUGAUCUUGAAGCCAAGUCCUCCACUUGCAUGGGUGCAGAGCUGAUGGAUAGAAAGGAUGCAGAGCUGAUAGACAGAAAGAACACAAGUCCCUGUCCCAGGACUGAGGUUGUGCCAGAGACAGAACAUAAACCCAGGCUUGAGAGCACACCGCAGCCAUCCUGCAAGACAGAGACUGGAGGGAAGGCAGUGGCAGAGCUUUCCAAAUUCAAAGACACAGGUACAAUGACAGUUCAAACGGACAGUGAUGCUGUCGGUAGGGAGACAGUGCGCAGGGACCACCAAGAUGCCGGGGUCCAAGCAGUGGCCAGUGUAGAAAACAAAUCCUCUUCCACCAGCCCAAGUAUCUUUGCUGCAUUCUUAAGAGAGAAUGUGCAUUCCGAGACACAGCAGAAGCAAGAGCAAUUGCACGUUAUUUAUGCAGGAGGUGGUGGGAAGGAGCAAUCUGAAAUCGUUGACGGCUUUGCACCUCUUCUCCAGAUGGCUCCUCCCAUGGGCGUCGUGUCCGAAGUGCGUGCUCAGGCCGCAGCUCCAGUAGAUACGUCGGGAACUCAAGCCGUCAGGCUUCCGAGUGACCCAGUGGGAAUGCACGAUACUGUCUGCUCAGCUUUGUUGGACAAUGGAAAGCAUCCGUGCUCGCUGACCUCCGACAGCACUCAAGAAACUCCAGUCAACAGGGUAGAAGCACAAAAGGCUGGUGAGGCUGACAGUCGUGGUGAUUCUCAGCAGCCGUCCGAUUCUUCAGUCUCAUUGAAGACCAGACCUGUUUACCAGAUUACUGUCAACAGCAGCAAUCAGCCUGCGGCUUCUCUGCAACCUGUGAAAGUCGAAACCAAACUACCUCCCUCUGCCAUUCAGGAUCCCGGGUCCUGCAUUGCAGAAAACAACCAGGCUUCUCCAUCUCACCGCCGAGCAUCUGAACAGGCCAUAUGCACUGCUGUUAGCACUCAUGAUAGCAAACGAGGGCAGCAUUUGCAAAUCCAAACUGUUAGCAAUCUUGAAACCGGUCCGGCUGGUUCCCACAUGGACGUAAAACCAAAGAGGGAAGAGAAGUUCGCCCCUCUUUGUUCGAAAGAGCUGGAAGUCAGUAAAAUGGGAGCUGCCGCUGGGGCCCAGACAAGAUGUAGCCCUGGCACAGGGAAGAGAGAACAGCCUAAAUUUCCAGAGCAUAACAAAGAGAUGAAACUGCCGGGCGGUCAGAGUCUGGCGGCCGUUCCUGAAUCUGAGUCACGAAGAAGUCCUGUUGCUGCUCGAGGACUUCAGGUUGCUAAAAGCAGUGAAAUGAGAAAGGAGGCCAAAACGGUGUCACCUGCUCAACAGAGACUCAAUCUUAGUGGCAAUAAGAAGGAGCCCAGGCCAGCAGCCACGGAGGCCAAAGUGCAGCUGAAGCAGUCCAAACGCGUCAGGGAUGUCGUGUGGGAUGAGCAAGGCAUGACCUGGGAAGUCUACGGGGCAUCCCUUGACCCAGAAUCGUUGGGGAUUGCUAUCCAGAACCACUUGCAGAGGCAGAUCAGAGAACACGAGAAACUGAUGAAGUCUCAAAGCGCCCAGAACCGGAAAUCCAUUUCUUCGGAUACAUCAUCAAAUAAAAAACUGAAGGGAAGGCAACACAGUGUGUUCCAGUCCAUGCUGCAGAAUUUCCGACGUCCUAAUUGCUGCGUCCGCCCCACUGCGUCUUCUGUGUUGGACUGAAAGAUUGGGGAAUAGGGGUGGGGAGGUGACACUCGUCCAUUUGUAUCCAUUUUUGUAUGUGUGCAGCCAGAAAUCCAUGGCAAACGAGCCCCCCCAAGUUCAGCUUUGUUGCCUGAGAUUCUGAUUCAGCACUGGGGAGGUGAGGGGUGGUAACAGUUACCCAUUAUGUUCCCAGUAGCCAUUGCUUCUUAUCUGUCUUUAUUCUGCAGCCAGCACACACAGCUUUUGUGUUAAAGUCCUCGGCCCCAGCCUGUUGCCAAAUGAAAAGACAAGCACAAAUUAAAAUGGCCAAUUUACUGCAGAAA